AUGACCCAAAUUCCCGUGGUAAAUCGUGCAUCAAUUCAAGCAAAUGAGUUCCCUUUACAAUUUGUAUGCGAUGCACUACUAAAAUCUCAUCAAGAUGCAGUGAAACAACCUUUUAAUUUUUAUUCUGAAUUUAAUGGUCAACCUGUUGAAGAAAAAUCCGAUAAGACUCAAAAAGUUAGAAGAAUCACCGUCAAAUGGACACUAGAAGAACAAGAAUUUUUAUUGAAUGGAUAUCGUAAAUUUGAAAAGUAUUGGACACAGAUUCUAAAAGAAUAUCCGAUGAAUCCCAUUAGAAUACGAUUUGAUCUAAAGGAUAAAUGGAAGAAUCUUCAGAAAAAAGCAUCAAAUCCUAAGAUUAAAGAACUUUUUGAAAGAAUAGAAGCUUCAAAAGCUCAGAGGAACCAAAAUUUCACAAAAGGUAGUAGAUUUAUCCUUAUUAAUGAACAAAAUAAACCUAAGCAGGAGAAAGAGCAAAUUAUUUUAAUUCACAAGCAAAUGGAAGAGCGUAUUCCUCAUAGAAGUCUUUCUUUUGUAUAUCAUGCUUUAGAAAACCAACAAGAGCAAACAAGAAUUAUUCAAUUAUGGGAAAAAGUCAUGGCCGACCCAUCAACUGUUUUUAAUUUUGUCAAGGAGUGCAGACUGAUCAAGUAA